AUGGCAGACUCUGCAGGGCCAGAUCAGAAGGGCCUGUAUUGCAGCACGUCAGGCACCUUCUUCACAGACAAGGAUGCACUGGCCGAUCAUUACAAGAGUGAUUUCCACAGGUACAACCUGAAGCGCAAGAUAGCCAACCUUCCUCCAGUCACACGCGAGUGGUUUGAAGCGAGGAAGGAAAAGCUGGCAUCCACGACAGGCACAGCCGUCACGAAAGUCUGGACGGAUCCCUUGACCAGGAAGAGGUUCAGCAGCGAGAACACCUACAAGGCAUUUGUCAACUCCAAAAAGUACAAGGAUCUGGUGAAGCAGACGGGGCUCCCAGCUCCUGAGGCAGCUGUGAGUCUGCGACGGGCAGAAGCUCCAGCUGCAGUUGCUGCGCCCUCCGCUGCACCGCCGCAGCAACAGCAGCAGCAGGCCAAGGCCGGAUUCACCAUCAAGGCUGCAAACGGCGUUUAUGACAUGACGGCUGCAUCCAAGAAGCGGGAGGGGGACAUGGCUGACAUGGAGGAGUGGGAUGUGCGGCGCAGCCUCUUUGACGGGCACAUGUCGAGGAGCAUGGAGGCCAACCUGGAGUACAUGUGGAAGAACUUCGGCUUCUACUUCCCAGAGGCCGACCUGCUCACAGACCCCGAGGGCCUCCUCAAAUACCUGGUGUUGUGGAUCUGCAGGUACCACUUGCUGGGCGUCGCCACUCAGCCGGAGCCCACCAAUGAGACAAAGCGGCAGCAGCGAAAUGCGCAGAGGAAGUUUGAGCGCAUGCGUCUCAAGACUGAGAUGCGUGCCAAUGUCAACCGCAACCUGCCGCGCAAUGUGCCCUACUGA